ACCUGUCUUUGCCAAAAUGGCUCAACUCCUGAACAGUAUAUUCACCGUGAUCAAGGUAUUCCAGAAAUAUGCUAAAGAAGAUGGGGACUGUGCCUUACUGUGCAAGAAGGAGUUGAAGCAACUGCUCUUGGCUGAGUUUGGAAACAUCCUCCGGAGACCAAAUGACCCAGAGACUGUGGAAACCAUCUUGAGCCAUUUGGAUAAAGACAGAAAUGGACAUGUUGAUUUUCAAGAAUAUCUCUUAUUGGUGUUCCAGUUGGCCCAAGCUUGCUAUCAUAAGCUGGAAAAUGAGUCACACGGAAAUAAAACUUCCCAGCAAGAAGGAAAGCAGGAGGGAACACAAGACCAUAAGUUUCCAGGAACUGCAGGCAGACAACACAGGCAGAGGCAUGAGGAAGAAAGGCAGGACUUUCACCACAGUCAAUCUGAUGGACAAAACCAGGACAUCCGCCAGGAUCAAACUGAGAGACAAGAUAGAGAUUCCCACUACAGUCAGUCUGAGAGACAGGAUCAGGACUCCCACCAUGGUCAGUCUGAAACAACAGAUAGGAACUCCUAUGAUCAUUCUGAGAGGCAAGGUCAGGACCCCAGCUCUGAUGAAAGACUGAGUCAUAAAUCUAGCAGCGGCCAUCCUGAAAGACAAGGAUAUAUCUUUGCCCUAAAUCUGUGUGAGAAACAAGUUCAGUCUGAAAGGCUUAGACAACAAGCAAGCUAUCGCCAGCCUGGAAGACUUGGAGAGGACUCUUGUUCUAGCCAAACCAACCAGCAGGAAUCAGGCUCUUAUUAUGGACAUUCUGUGAGGCUGGGUCAAGAAUCAGGCUGCCAGGAUUCCCACCAUGGUCAGACAGACAGACAAGGCCAGAGUUCCCACUAUGGUCAGACAGACAGACAAGGCCAGAGUUCCCACCAUGGUCAGACAGACAGACAAGGCCAGAGUUCCCACUAUGGUCAGACAGACAGACAAGGCCAGAGUUCCCACUAUGGUCAGACAGACAGACAAGGCCAGAGUUCCCACUAUGGUCAGACAGACAGACAAGGCCAGGGUUCCCACUAUGGUCAGACAGACAGACAAAACCAGGGUUCCCACCAUGGUCAGACAGACAGACAAGGCCAGAAUUCCCACUACGGUCAGACAGACAGACAAGGCCAGAGUUCCCACUAUGGUCAGACAGACAGACAAGACCAGAGUUCCCACCAUGGUCAGACAGACAGACAAGGCCAGAGUUCCCACUAUGGUCAGACAGACAGACAAGGCCAGGAUUCCCACUACGGUCAGACAGACAGACAAGGCCAGGGUUCCUACUAUGGUCAGACAGACAGACAAGGCCAGAGUUCCCACUAUGGUCAGACAGACAGACAAGACCAAAGUUCCCACCAUGGUCAUACCGACAGACAAGGCCAGAGUUCCCACCAUGGUCAGACAGACAGACAAGGCCAGAGUUCCCACUAUGGUCAGACAGACAGACAAGACCAGAGUUCCCACCAUGGUCAGACAGACAGACAAGGCCAGAGUUCCCACUAUGGUCAGACAGACAGACAAGGCCAGGGUUCCCACUAUGGUCAGACAGACAGACAAGGCCAGGGUUCCCGCUAUGGUCAGACAGACAGACAAGGCCAGGGUUCCCACUAUGGUCAGACAGACAGACAAGGCCAGAGUUAUCAUUAUGGUCAGACAGACAGACAAGGCCAGAGUUAUCAUUAUGGUCAGACAGACAGACAAGGCCAGAGGUCUCAAUAUAGUCAGUCAGAGACUGGGGAGACUGGACAGAAUAGGUGCUUCCAUAGAAAUGAGAGAACAAGCAGAGGUUCAUAUGUUGAGCAAUCAGGAAGGUCAGGGAGACCAACUCAACAGACUCAAGGACAGAAUGUGAGCCGAGAUCAAGGACAGAGAUUUCAAUCUAGGGAAGGGCAGAACAGCCACGAGGCAUGGGAGCCUGAAGAAGAUAGGCAACACCACCAACACAAACUUGUAGCACAAAUCCAGCAAGAAAAGCCACAUUGUAACAAAGAGAGUAGUGGGCAAUUGUGCAGUAGUGAGCAGGGCCACAGCCAGGCUCAGACCAGGGAGAGUUGUGGUGAGGGGCAGAGCCACCAGGCAGAGGAAGAGCAGGGCCACCAAAUCCAGGGUAGACAUGGUUGUAAGAGUCAGGAAACUCCAUGUGAGGAAGAGGACAGGCAAACCCAUGAAGAUAAGCAAGACCAUCAAAGACAAAACAGGCAAACCCAUGAAGAGGAUCAAAAUGGCCAGCAACAACAGAAUAAGCAAACCCAUAAGAAGAAAGAGAGAGAUCAAGGGUCCCAGAAUCAGCAUUCUCAUGGGACCCAGCAAGGCUGUGCUAACAGAGAAAAAUUCCUCAUAAAUGAGGAUGUCCAAAGCCAAGGUUCCCAGGGAAGACACAAGGACAAAGCCUUCUAUCCAACCCAGAGUGGUGGGAGGCCCCAAAGAAGAGAAGAGGGUGAAAGUCACCAUACCAAGGCAGCUCUUGCUCCCAACCCCCUCUAUGACUAUGUACAAGAGCAGAAAGCAUAUAAGCACUAGGCCUUGUGCACACCAGAACUACAGCUGAGGAAGAAAUCUACAUGCCAAGGUCAUAUUUACUUCUGUUUAAAAGAUUGAAAAUGUAUGGGUUCCUUCUUUCCUCUACUUUCUAUCUAUUUACAAGGAUGCUGUUGAGGAUUAACAUUCACUUCUAGGGCAUUUCAGUUCUUUGAGCAGCAACUCUAGGGUGUUCUGGUUGGGUGAAAUCUUAGUAAAUUGGGUGAAAUAAUCAGAUCUCAAUUUUGAUUAGUUUGGAGAUUUAAAUCAUUUCCUGGUUUGCCAUCUAUGUAGACAGGACAUGAUUGUAUCACUGAAAGGUAGAAACUUCUCCUGAAAGUUUGGAAACAGGAAAGGUAUUCUGAAGAUACAUGUCACAAACUAAGAAGAGGACAUCUGGGCUUUGGUGAGCUUUGGCUCCCAUGGAUGAAACAUCAGGAAUUGCAAGCCUCAUAGUCUGCACUAAAAUGAAACACAGUGAGAGGCUUCUUAGAGAGCCAGAGAACACAGAGGGCAUCUCGGAUCCACAACACCUCCAGCACUCAGGCUCCUACCCUUCACCAGAUAUGGACUGUCCUCUGAGCAACUAUCACUACAGCUGACUAGACUGGUUUUAGUUCAAUGUCUUUCCAGUUUCUGAUCAUAUUAAAUGGAGAGAAAAUAUAUGUCAUCUGUUUUCAGAUGCUAGGGAGCCAAAACUGUUGCUGCAUAGCUCCUGGGGCCUGAAAACUCUUCACAAGAAAAUCUAUGGAAUUGUAUUAAAAUACCCAAUAAAUGAUUGGUGAGCAAU